AUGUUGUAUUUAUUAUUUUUUGUUGUCGUCAAAGAGUGUUUUGCUAUUAUUACCCAUUUAAAUGAUACUGAAUAUCGACGAAUGCCACCCUUGUUUGAACUAGAUGACUACGGCACAUGCUUACGAAAAUCAAACAGCCUGUAUUGUUUAGCAAGACUUGAUUUAUUCGCAGAUUCGCCAAAUGAUCUCGUCACCAUGAUUAAAGAAUACUCGGAAUACACAGAAAGACAUUAUAAUCACUCAUACAUAGAAAGAGGAGUAUGUGUGGCCAAGCAAUGUCAGAAAUACAUAAACAAUACCAAUUCUAAUACUUUGAAUGGAGGCCUUGAGGCAUGUCUUAAUCAAACUAUUUGGAAUAAAUACGGCCUUCAAGCAAAACUCGCACAUAUAUUCUAUUGCAAUCAAAAAGACGAAAUAAUAGAAUACGACUGGAGUGAUUGGUUGUUCGGUGGAAUUUUGGUAGUUUUAGUAUCAAUCAAUAUUAUAGGAAGCUGUUGCGAUUUCAUGUUGGAAAAAUAUUUUCACAACAAAGAAAGAGACAAAUACAUUAACGGAAUUUGUAACAUAAUAUUAUGUUUCUCCUUACGACGAAAUUGGGAAUGCUUGAGCUCAAUCAAAGUAAAAGAUUCUCGACUUGCACGACUUAAGGGAUUACAUGGAUUACGAGCCCUGAUAAGUUUCUUCAUACCAUUAGCGCAUGUGAUGUGGCUUAUCGGAACCGGCUUCACUGAUAAUCCUCAGGAAUUUGAAAAGGGCUCCGAAAGCAGUCACUAUCAACUGAUAUUCAAUGGUAUGAUGAUAGUGCAGAUAUUUUUCGUAAUGUCUGGCUUUCUUAUGGUCUACAAUUUGGAAAUUUUGUCGGAGACUGUACCAAUAACAUGGUCAAUGUGGCCCACUAUUUUUAUUAAUAGAUUUUGGAGGUUGACACCGGCAAAUGCUUUGGUGAUUUUGUUCACAGCCACUUGGCUCCGAUACCUAGGAUCCGGUCCAUUGUGGAAACUUUACGUUUCGGGUGUCGUAUCAGAUUGUAGACAAUACUGGUGGGCGCAUAUUUUCUACAUUAAUAACUACGUUCCAGAUGACAAAGCUUGCGCUGUACACACAUGGCACCUAGCCACUGACAUGCAGCUCUUCGUUUUGGGAUCAAUUGUGUAUAUAGCUACUAAAUCAAGAGAAAGAGGUUUCGUUAUAUCACUGCUACUAUUGUUUAGUAUGGCAGCACCAGCGCUGCAUGUUUGGUUUCAGGAUCUCGAUGCUCUUGUUUUAUUAAAACCUGAAUUUUAUCGAAGCUUCUGGAAUGACACAUACCGGUACCUCCACGUCUUUGGCCACAAUAAUCUUUCAUGCUUCAUAAUUGGAAUGGUCACUGGUUACUUCGCGUACAAUUGGCAGAAGAAUCGUGUUGAGGUUUUUAAGCAUAAGAUCUGGCAAUAUCUCACCUGGUGUGUGAUCCCUGGCAUAGUGGGACUCAUUUUUACAGGAAGUGUAUUCUAUUCAGAAAGACGGCUAUCGCUUGUGAUUAGAAUGACAUAUGCAGCGACACAUCGAGCGAUUUUAGGUGUUAUCACAGCCUUCAUUAUUCUUGGUUUAGUGUUUAAAAUUGAACAUAAGCAGCGUCGUGUGCUUGAAUGUGACUGCUGGGUAGUGCUGAGCAAGUUGUCCUACUGCGCCUAUCUGUUGCACUUGAAUAUAGUUCAUAUUCUACUCGGAGCCAGAACACAAUUGGGUCACGUUUCUUUCUUUUACGUGAUCAUAAACCAUCUGGGGAUCUUAACUUUAUCGUACCUGGCAGCAAUACCGCUAUUUUUAAUGGUUGAAAUUCCCUUUAACCGAGUGAUAAAGACAUUAUUUCAAGAUACCAUGGUGACGAACAAAAAGAAGCUGUGA